AUGAAACACUCGCUUGUCUAUCGCAAUGGAAGUUCAGUCAAUCGCUGUCAAAUCAUUCGAAAUUAUCAAACCAAAGGAUUCCUCUAAACCAUACGUUCUCUAUACAAUUGAAAUCGGUACCAAGCUCAAGUCGUACACGGUAUGUCGGCGGUAUUCGCAAUUCGAACGCUUAAGUGAAGAUCUCAAGCUCGAGCUCGAUUCAGCUGUCUCUCGUCGUUGGUUGCCCAUCUUACCGCCCAAGUCGACGAGCUUGGUCGGCUACCUCACCGGCUCAGGCAGUCUCAUCAACCAGCCAUCGAAGAUUGCCGAGCGUCAGGCGGGUCUCGAACGAUGGUUGAAGACGGUGAUCGUUCACAAGGAGCUCAAGGAUAAGACCUCCAAGAGUCGGGCACUCAUGGAUUUCUUAGAGAUUCCAUCAAGCCUCAAUUCAACUUCAUCUUCGGCAACCCAUAAGUCAAGUCACAUGGAUGAUCAUUCUGCCAACCCUUUCACCUCUCAAAGCUGGCUCGCCGAACAUAAUGAAAUCCGGGCCAGUGUAAGGGAGAUGUAUGAUUUGCUCUCCCGGCGGGACGAACUGCUCCAUCAGUCCACAUCCACCUCAGUCACUCUCACCAAACUUAACCAGAUCAACGUCGAUGGCAAGCGAAACUUGGAAAACAUUACUGCUCGACUCGGACGACUGACCGAAAGCCUCAAACUAUUCACCCAACCCGAUACUCCAAAGGGUCGUGGCACCCUUACCGAAGGAGAAACGUCGAGGAGAAUGCAACUGAUAUCUACAUUACAAGACGAUUGUGAGCGCUUGAGCAAGAAGAUUUUAGCACGGGCCGAAAUUGGGACGGGGAUACGACAAGCAAACCAGGUACUCUCCUCAGAGUCGGCGUCUCGCGAUCGAGCGGAAUUGCUAGGCACUCAUAGCAACGGCUCCAACAGUCGACCGACCACCAGAGUCCUAGGAGGAGGCGGUCCUACUGGAUCCGCUUCACGUAAUUUGCCGGCAGAAGAGACGGUCGAAACUAGACAACGAGACAACCGGCGAUUAAUGGACCAUCAACUAAACCACGUGAUCGCCCAAACUCAAGACGACAAAUUGAAAUCGCUCACUCAAAUCCUUUCUAGACAGAAAUUGCUAGGACUGAUGAUCAAUCAGGAAUUGGCCGAACAGAAUGAGAUCCUCGAUGACUUGGAUAGAGAUGUCGAUUCGGCGUCCAGGAAAUUGAAGGAGGCUACAAAGAAGAUUAAUCGGCUCACUUGAUCUUCCUUCCUUGUGCUUUUUUGCAUACUGCUUAGAACUCAUCAAAGACUAGGACUCUCUUUCGGAUCAUUCACCUUGCAUCUUACUUCUACACUUCAUUCAACUUAUCAUUAGCUUUCGAAUUACGUCAAUGUACUUUUUUUUUCGUUGUGGUCCGCAAUCGUUUAUUAAUUUAUUCACUAUUUAUCCACUUUUUUUUAUCAAUCUACAAGGAGGAACUUUUUCAAUCAGAUUAUUGUGUGUUCCUUUGUUUCUUUCUUUCCAUUAUCUCCUUCUCCUAAUUGGGGUUUUCACUGAACCAUCAAGGUAUCCACAAUUUCCUCCCAACUUACACUGUUGCAUAAAUAUGUAUAUGUAUCAUAACGAAUAGGGGGUUUUCAUAUCUCUCCACAGAUUAUAGUAGCUCUCAUCCCUAGUACUUGAUUUUGCAUUUCUUGGCUUUAAGGGGUGGAUGAAACUAACAUCACAAAGUGCCCUUCACAAUGGGUAUCCUGCAUUGUGAAAUCCC